AUGUCAGCAGCCGUACCUAGCGCUCGGCCGUCUGCCUCAAGUAGCCUAAAGGACCUGGAGAAGGAUCUGGGGGGUGACAAGGUCGUCGUAAUCCGCGAGCAAGAGACAUCUGCUUCAGUGGGAGAAAUCGAUCUGUUCACUUACCAUGAACGUAAUGCUGGAAGGCUCGUCAUUGACCCCGAGGAAGCAAAGAUUGAGUUCGGGGAAGAUGUCGCUAAGCGACUGAAGUUGUCUGCGGAUGGUACCAAGGUCCUGUGGCCUCAACCCACUGACGAUCCGGAGGAUCCCCAGAACUGGUCGGACCGGCGGAAGAACUUCCAGUUAUUCAUCAUUACACUAGCAGCUAUCGUCCCGGACUUCGAUUCUGGCAUUGGCAUUGCGUCCAUCUUUCAGUUGGCUCAGACGUACAAUACCACCACAGGUGUUAUCAAUAACUUGACGUCGAACUGGAGCAUCUUUCUGCUAGGCUGGGGAAGCAUCUUCGCUGUCAUGCUGAUGCGACGGUAUGGCAGGCUGCCAAUCUUGUUUUGGUCGCAGGUCCUGGCCUUGGGAUUCUUGAUCGGCUGCACUUUCGCUCCGAACCUCAAUACAUUCACAGCGAUGCGAUGCCUAACCGCAUUCUUCGGAACGUGCCCACAAGUCACAGGUUUAUAUGUAGUCACAGAUCUAUAUCCGUUCCAUUUGCAGGCAAGAAAGCUGAACAUCUGGACCAUGGGGUUCAUUAUUUCUCCCUUCUUGUCGCCCUUCGCGUUCGGGUUCCUCGCAGCACGUGCUAAUUGGCGCUGGACAUAUGGCAUCGGUUCGAUGUACGGCGGGCUCGUGGUCUUUAUGAUUACAUUCUUCCUCGAGGAAUCUAUGUAUGACCGCUCCAUGCCUGAUCCAAAACCAAUUCCAAGGCCCAAAUCCCGGUUGCUCUACCGCAUCCAGAACUUGGUAGGGAUCACGGGCUGGCGCAUGGCCAAAUAUCGUGCCCGCUGGCGGACGGUUGUAUGGGCGUGCGUGGAUCUUGUCUGGCGCCCGCACAUAUUCAGUAUCCUGGUCUUCGAGGCCCUGAUCUUUGGAUUCACUACUGGUAUCAACACGACAAAUGCGGUCAUCCUUGCGGAAGCACCUCCAAAAGGCUAUGGAUUCAGCGAGUAUGCCAUCGCGGGUGCUUAUGGCACUCCAAUUGUAGCGGUUGUCCUGGGUGAGCAAAUCGGACACUACCUGAACGAUUGGAUCAUGGAAGUAUGCAUCCGCCGGAACAAGGGAGUCUUCGAGGCUGAAAUGCGGCUUUGGGCGUGCUAUGCGGCUGUCGUUUUGUACAUUGUUGGGUUUGUCGUGCUUGGCGCAUGCAUGGAGCAACUCAACGUCGCCGGUCUGGUCCUCGGCUGGGGCAUCGCACAGUGCGUGGUGGUCUUCAACACAGUUGCAGUCUGUGAGUGCCAAUACACGGUUAGCCGCCACAUGCUUACAUCAGGAAAAAAGAUAAUUGCUAUGUUGGACAAUAUAGUAGAUGUAGAAAGCAUAGGCUCAUUGCGAACCCCCUACUUUAUAGCAGUUUAUAGAUUGCCGGCUGAGAUCAUAGCAGUCUGUAGCGCCACUGCCAAUUGA